AUCGAAUCGUGUACCGUCAAACAUUUCAAAGUGCUCCAAAUGGGAGAGAAUAUGCAUCGUUGCCCAGAAGAAGACGUGGAUGACGUUGAACAGCGGUCGCUGCAUGGGUUCCAGUUUCAGGCUGAUGCAUGCUAAGGAAGGAAGAUAGGAGGCAGUUACGAGCACGCGUGUCACCAGCCUGUCGACCGGAAAGCCCCCAAGCAUGGCGUGUGCGGGGCACACCAGAUCCACCCCCCUUUGAAGCAAAAGAAGCUUCGUUUAAACGUUUUAACAAACCCAGAUCCGAGUCAGCACAUCAUCGAAAAGCUACAGCUACAAUAGCUAACCAUUGCCUUGAGCCGCUCCCCACCCCCCUGUGCCCGCGCCCGUGAGCGGUGAGCCUUAGCCCUUAAGCUUCUCUCUCCACGGCUCCACCUCAAGCUUUUCGCAAGCUCUUAUAAGAAGCCCGCCGCGCGCCGCCAUUUUCCCAAUCCAUCCGUCAAGCCCACGUGCCCGAUCACGUCAACCAGCAAGUACUACUGUUAGUUCGAGUCAGCGGAGGACGCCAAGAAGUAUUAAUUCAUGGACCGUGUGGCGGCGGCGAUGAUCUGCCGGCUGCCGGAGGAGUGCGUGGCGCACGCGAUCGCGAUGACGACGCCGGGGGACGCGUGCCACUCGUCCGCCGUGUCGCCGGCGUUCAGGGCCGCCGCCGACUCCGACGCCGUCUGGGACCGCUUCCUGCCGCGCGAUUACGCCGCCGUGCUCGCGCGCGCCGACGACCACGAAGACGACGCCGGCGGCGGCCGUGAGUACUCCAAGAAGGAGCUCUUCACGCGGCUCUGCAGCUCCCCUGUCCUCCUCGACGGCGGCACCAUGAGCUUUGGGCUGGAGAGGCGCAGCGGCGCGAAAUGCUGGAUGCUGUCGGCGAGGGCGCUGAACAUCGUGUGGGGAGACGACCCGGCCUGCUGGAAUUGGACCGCCAACCUUCCCGGAUCGAGGUUUCCCGAGGUGGCCGAGCUGGUGGACGUGUGCUGGCUAGAGAUCACGGGCAAGCUCCAGCUCUCCCUGCUCACCCCAAAGACCACCUACGCAGCCUACCUCGUCUUCGCCAUCUCCGACGACUCCUACGGCCUCGAGUGCAACAUCGGCAUCCUGCCCCCAAAAGCCACCACCACCAUCAUCCUCCCCAGCUCCGGCGCCACCAACACCCACAAGCCCCCGACAUCAACGGAGCACACGAUCUGCCUGCAGCACUUGCAGGGGGAGGAGGAGGCGGCGGCGCACCGGCGGCGGCAGGAGUACGUUCGGUGGCCCCGGAAUAAGUACUACGGGAUGAUGAGGAAGAAGGUGACGAGGGAGGCGGAUCACGACAUCAAGUGCCCGCGAAGGAGAGCCGGUGAUGAUGAUGAUGAUGAUGAUGGACGGUGGUUGGAGGUCGAGCUGGGGGAGUUCGUUGUGGGCGGUGAGGAUGAGGAGGAGCCGCUGCUGGGGGUGUUGGAGGUGUGCGUUAAGGAGGUGGAGUGCCGGCGGUGGAAGCGAGGGCUCAUCGUGCAAGGCAUCGACAUCAGGCCCAAGCACACACUAGCAGUAGCUAGCUAGCGGAUCGAUUGACAUGCAUGGGAUUAAUGGUUGCUUCUUUUUCUUCAUUCCUUUUCGGAGGAAGAAGUGCGGAUUAUUUUAGAGCAAAAGAUAUGCAAGAACGUGAAUCUCUAACGGUGAAAUGAUCAAUCGUCACACAGUGCGCGCCAACUAA